AUGGGUGAACCACAGGAUAAAAUAGUUAACCCCCGUAUAGCAUUAAAUUCCAGAACUAGCAGAUUGCUAAGGGGAGAUGUAGACAUAGAUAUGAAAGAAAAAUACGACAUCUUAAAGGAUGAAAUUAUGAACAUGGAAGAUGAUGAAGAUGAAUACAAUUUUGAAAGGAGAUUAAAAUUACUGAUGCAAAAUGAUAAAUUUGAAAAACAAUUUAAUACAAUCAGAAGCAAUGAAAAUGAUGAUAAUUAUGACCAGUUUUAUGAUUCCUAUGAAUGUGUUCAUAAAUAUGGCAAUUUGUAUGAUUCUAGUGAAAGUGUUAAUAAAUAUGAAAUUUUGUAUGAUUCCAAUGAAGGUGUUAAUAAAUAUAACAAUAUGUAUGAUUCCAAUGAAGGUGUUAAUAAAUAUAACAAUAUGUAUGAUUCCAAUGAAGGUGUUCAUAAAUAUGACAAUAUGUAUGAUUCCAAUGAAUCUGUUCAAAAAUAUGACAAUAUGUAUGAUUCCAAUGAAUCUGUUCAAAAAUAUGACAAUAUGUAUGAUUCCAAUGAAGCUGUUCAAAAAUAUGACAAUAUGUAUGAUUCCAAUGAAGCUAUUCAAAAAUAUGACAAUAUGUAUGAUUCCAAUGAAGCUGUUCAAAAAUAUGACAAUAUGUAUGAUUCCAAUGAAGCUGUUCAAAAAUAUGACAAUAUGUAUGAUUCCUCUGAAAGUGUUGAUAGUUGUGACAAAUCAUUUGAUAAAACUAAAUAUGAUGAUGAAUAUGGAAAACUUAAUAACUCUCAAGAUAGCAUCUACAGCCAAAUACAUCAAUAUAACGGAAUGAAAUACAAAUUACCUGCAAUGGAUAUGUAUUAUAGACGAAAAAAAAAAUCUAUAUUCUCAAGGAUAUGGAAAGUUUUGAAAAAAACAGAUGCACAUAUUGAAAGGGAAAUGUAUAAUGUAAUGAAUAAUGAUAUACCUCGUGAUGUUAAAGAAUUUUUUGGUGGAAUUAGAUCACGGGAAUCAAUAAAAUUAAUUAAGCUAUUCACAAUUUUUUCUCCAGUUAUAUCAAUUGCUUCAAUGAUGUUUCUAUUAGUGCUAUUAAAUUUCGCUGCACCCGUCGCCAUAGUAGGCUCAUGUAUUAAAAUAUUAUUUGUUAUCUUUCCCAUUGUAUUAACAUACGUUCUUUACAAAUACAAGAAAUGCAAACAUUUGUCUAAACUAUAUGGAUCACGUAGAUGUCCACGAAAAUAUCGUCGAAAAAGAAAAAUCUAG